AUGGCUAAGCUCAUCGACUACGCCAAGAUGGGGGACACCAAUGAGCGUGCCAUGCGCAUGGCGAAUUUCUGGCUGACGGAGAAGGACCUCAUCCACAAGCUGUUCAAGGUGCUGGCGCCCCGGUUCCAGCCCCACCCCGGCAGCUACACCCGCCUGCUGCAGAUCCCCAACCGGGAUAGCCUUGACCGCGCCAAGAUGGCGGUCAUAGAGCUUAAGGGGAACCCCUUCCCACCACUCAUCCGCCCGCAGCGAGACACCGAGAAGACACUGCUCAACCAGCUCCUGAAGGGCUACCGGGAGGAGAUGCAGCGGGCAGCAGCCCCGCAAAUAUUCUCAUGA